AUGAUUGAGUCGGGUUUGAGUGAGUCUCAUAACGCAUUCGUGACCAUAUUUAUGCCUAAUUCCGAUGUGGCUCAAGUGCCCUUUAUAGACCAGUCCGAGCAAUUCGGGAUGCUCGACAACCCGGUGGUUCCGGAUAUUACUGCACCGACAUUUUCUAUCUCCGAUCCCCCGCUGCCCGAUUUUGACGAAUAUGUGGCAAUGCAAUAA